GCGUGUUCGUUAAAAAUAUACGAAAAAAAUUAGACGAAAACUGUCAAAUGGAGCAACUGUACGGAAUCAAGACCUUUCCUCUUUUUCUCCUCUGCCCGAGAACACAGUGAAAGGAAAUUUAAAAAAUCCCUAAUUUCUCUCUCUUCAUUUUUAAGCAAAAAACAAUAAAAAUAAUAAAGCAGCCUUUUAUUGUCCUAGUUUUUUUUUCUUAGUUCUUAACUGUACCAAAGCUUCCCUCUGUAGUUACCAACACCCUUUCAAAGAUCUACAGAUUUCUCUCUCUCUUUUUUUUUUUUAUAUUUAAUCCAGUUUUUAUUGCUCUUAUAAUUGACAUAAUAUUCUUGGCGUUGGAUCGGAAUUAAUUCAUUUAAAAGCGUCCAAAAGAAAGUUGAAACAAACUUUUCCUUUUUCUCUUUGGUUCCAGGAAGGGUGUGAUGGCGAGUCGAGUGAAGGAAGACGAGAAAAAUGAGCGAAUAAUUCGGGGUCUUCUCAAACAACCGGAGAAUCGUAGAUGUAUUAACUGCAACAGUUUGGGCCCUCAAUAUGUUUGCACAAAUUUCUGGACAUUUGUUUGCACCACCUGUAGUGGAAUACAUCGGGAAUUCACACACAGAGUUAAAUCAGUAUCGCUGGCUAAAUUUACUUCUCAAGAAGUUAUUGCUCUUCAAGAAGGGGGAAAUCAGCGUGCAAAAGAAAUCUAUUAUAAAGAAUGGGAUCCUCAGCGUAAUUCUCUUCCUGACAGCAGCAAUGUUGAGAGGCUUCGUGACUUCAUUAAGCAUGUUUAUGUGGACAGAAGAUACAGUGGUGAAAGAAGCUAUGACAAGCCUUCACGAGGAAAGAUGGGUGACAAGGAAGACUUUUAUGAGAAUAGGAGGACAGAUGGAUAUCAGGGAGGGUCUAGAAGUCCACCAUAUGAAGAUACAAAUGAACGGCGUUACGGUGGCAGGUCCAGUCCAGCGGGAAGAAAUGAUGACAGAAAUUUUAGAUAUGGUUAUGAUGAAAGGCGAAGUCCUGGAUAUGAUCAAGAAAGUCAACAAUAUGGUGAUUACAGAAGAAGUCCUGCUCGUCCUGAGGUUGUCAAUGACUGGCGCAGAGAAGAUAGAUUUGGUAAUGGGAGGAAACCUGAAGAUCGUAGAAUAUCUGAUGGAGAUCCAAAGUUAGAAGGGAGGUCACCUGAGCGACCAAAAGAUUUAGAGUCAUUCAGUCCCCCAGUGGUUCGUCCUGUUAGAGAAAUUUUGGGUGAGAAUGUAAUACCCCUUCGUAUAAGUGAACCUCCAAAGGCAAAUGGCAGCAGAACUGUUGAUGGCCCUCAGACACAGAGAACUGCAUCUUCUAGCAGCUUAGGAUCUACCAGCGGGAAUCCAGCAGAAGUCAAGUUGGAAACGACAGUUAGCUUAAUUGAUUUUGAUGCUGAUCCUGAACCUCCAGUAGCUUCUGCUGUUACUCAGACACAACAAACUGCCGUGACUCAAUCCAUAGUGCAGCCAACAAGUUCUACCAAUGAUAACAACUGGGCCUCUUUUGAUUUUUCCUCGCAGACAAAUGUUUCUCAGGCCCCUUCGAAUGUGAACACCCUGGAUUCUGUUCUUUCUCAAUUGUCAGUUCCACCAUCUGUACCUGGUCAUCUAUCAGGAGUAUCUAGCGGUAUUGGUGGUUGGAUACCUGCUCCUGUGGCCAAUGUGAAUGCAGCACCUCUAAUUGGUAAUUCCAAUGUUGCAUUCACAGGGCAGAGCCAAACAUUACCCUUUGGUGCUGCUGCUCCUGCAGCUGCUAGAGUUAGCAAUUUCUCAACAUUGCCUCCUGGUGCUUUGACAGCUGCUCCUGGAUUAAUGCCUAUAAUGCCUGUCAGCAGUGGUAGUUCCCAGGUCAGUGUUAAUAAUGCUGGACAAUGGCCUAACAUGCAGUAUCAACAGGCGAAUUUUUUCUCAGCAACCAGCGGUCAUUCUACUAGCCAACAAUUUAUGCCAUCGCCGUUGAAUUUUGCUCCUUCCCAGCACAUGCAGGGGCCUUUGAGUGCACCAGUUGCACAAACAACUCAAGCCGUCUUGAAACCUGUCCAGGAUGUCACUUCUACUGUUGCAUCACAGCCUCCCCCUACAGAAACAAAAGCAAGUGGAAGAAAAGAACUACCUGUGGAUCUAUUUACUGCAACCUAUCCUACCUAUCCUGCAUCUGCACUAGGAUGGCAAACUGGCCCACCACGUGGCAUGGGGUUCACCAUGCAAUAUAAUACUGCAAUGCCAAUGUCUGCUUUUCCACAGUCAUCAAGAUCGAUAAACCCAUUUGAUCUCGGCGGUGAAGCACUUCAUUCUCAAACUCAAACAUUCCCUUCAAUGGCUUCCUUGCAAGGUGCCCUACCAAAUGUGCUACCUCCUACUGGCCUAAGGCACACUUCUAGCUUUGGUACUCCAUCAUCAGCAUGGAUGCCACCUCAGUCUUUGCCUUAUGCUCCAGGGAUGCCAUUGCAGCCACCGCCUUAUGCAUCAGCAGUGCCACAAAGACCAUACCCAGGAGCACAAUUACCCAGUAACUUGACACCUUCCAGCCAUCAGAUUGGGGGCAUUGGCAGUGAGGCAUCUUUUGGUUUUGUAAAUACUGAUCAACAGGCGGCUGUUAGAUUCUCGGCACCGGCUACCCCACAGCCUUUCUCUUCUGUUGGGGGCAACCCAUUUGGCUGAAUAUAAAGAACAAAGCAUCCCGGACCCCAUAUCUGGUUAAGCACACUAUUGUUGCUACCUGUUAAAUUGAUGAGUGGAAAGUUUUGGCUUUAGCUCAAAUGAUCCAAGCCCUAUCAUAAAUUCUGUCAUUCCUUUCCGGGUUUAAGGAUCUGUUAUCCAUACUGGCCGAAGAUAAUUAGUUCGAUGCUCACACAUAGAGAGAAGAGCGAGAAACUGCAAGCUCAGAUUUACAAGGGUCAAUGGUUGUCUUUUUUUUUUUUUUUUUUUUUUUUGUGUGUGCAGAUAUGACGUUUAUUGUAAUUUCCAUUAAGUGAUCUGUGUAUUGCCUUGGUACAAAUUGUAUCAUUUCCCCUCUUUUUUCUACCUUGUAUUUCCCCUUAGUGUUGUAUGAUUUUGCGGUCUCUCAAUGACUCUGGACAACCACUUCCGAGUAUGUGAGUUUUUUAAAGUUGUCGCAGUUUGUAACCUUGUAAUGUACUAUUAUUGAAUAUUGUGAUUAUUUGAAGAAUUUGCAGUUCGCAUUUUGUCUUUG